GCUCCCGAGCCCAGGGCAAGGACGGCGGGCGCCGCGGGGUCCCGCUUCUGGGAUUGGGACACCUGACUGCCGUCCAGGCCUCCAGGCUCGCGAUGAAGCUGCCUCGGUUUCCCCUUCGGGAGUCUUGGGGUCUGGAAGGAAAGCGGCCGUCUGGAGGUUGGGGAGCCUCCUGGCGGACUGUGACUACAAACGUGAGGAGGCUAGAGGGGGAGCGGCGUGAGCAGAACUUCCUGCCCGGAGCCCCUGAGUUCUAUAGAGAGGAGUGAUUUGGGGGUCGAAGUUGUGUGUAGGGAGAACGUCCACGUCCACGAUGAAGUUGUGAGGCGUCGGCCGGCCAGGCUUCAGGUUUCUGAGCGGGAGCUACUUUCUGUCCAGCUUCCUCCUCUCUCCCUCAGUUUCCCCAAUUUCACCUUGCUUGUGAGUGGAUGGGUAUAAAUGAGCGUGCCCGGAUGCUCUCUAAUCCUGCCUGUGGCCUGGUAACUGUCGUGGGAGUCUUCUAGCUCCACCUCCCCACUGGUGGGUGUAGAGACCCCUGCCCAUCCCCAGUCCUAUCUCUGCCCAGACCCACCCACACCAGGGCCUGCCAGCGCCACAUCUUUUGUGCUGUUCAUCCUCUUGCUUUCUCCCGUUGAGGAACAGCCAUCUGGUCCUCCUUGCUUUGCAACAAACUCAAACGCCUCUUCCAUCUCCUCCAGGAGUUCUCCUCCAGCUGAACCCUUGGCUCCCAAUCUGUUCUUGCUUCUCUCCCUCUUUUUUGAGCUCUUGGGCUUCUCCCAGUGGUGGGCUUCAUCUACCCACAGGCUGUUCUCUGGGCACAGGGUCCUUGUUCCAUAGAGGGGAGAAGACCCCAUUGAUGAAGACCAGAGUGACAUUCCUGUUGCUUCACUCUCCUAAUCACUCUGAUCCUAAGUUGACUGGUUACUCAGAUUCCCUUCACCAGUCAGCAUUCUGAGAUCUGAGGCUGGAAGGGACCCCAUCUAGCCUGCUAACCUCCCACCCAGUGCACGAUCCCUCCACUACAUGUGUUCAGUGUUGAGGAGCUCAUUACUUAUGAAACGCUGUUCAGCGUCCUGCAGUUCUGGCUUCAUUUAGUCAAAAAUCUGUGGCUUGCAGAUUCCACCCCUUGGCUCUACUUCUGCCUCCUAGAACCAUGCAGAGGAAAUCCAUUUUUUUUAUUCUUUCACACAGUCUUGAUCAGUUCACUGGAUGAGACACUGGGGGUACAGCAAAGAAAACAUCAGAUAAAAUUCCCUGCCCUCAUGGGGUUCAUUUUCUGGAAAGGAGUUGGACAGCAGUCAAUACAUGACAUGUACAUGACAUGGAAGUACAUGACAUGUCAGGUAGUAAGAAGUGCCAUAGAGAGAAAGAAAGCAGGCAAGAGGAAUGAGGUAUGGGGCCAGUGGUAAAGAACUUACCUGCCAAUGCAGGAGACAUGGGUCUCCAGGAAGAUCCCCUGGAGGAGGGCACGGCAACCCACUCCAGUAUUCUUGUCUGGAGAAUCCCAUGGACAGAGGAGCUGGCAGGCGACAGCCCAUAGUAUUGCAAAGAGUCGGACUCGACUUAGCACACAUGCAUUGUGGUUUUAUACAGCUUAGUCAGGGAGGGCCUCUCUGAGAGAGUGACAACUGAGCAAAGCCUUACAGGAGGUGAGGGGGAAGCUAUGUGAAUAACUGGGGGAAAGGACAUGUGCCCACAGAAGGAAGAGCAUAUGCAAAGGCUCUGGGGCAGAGGUAUGACAGGUGGAAGCAGGUCUGGCUUGUUCUAGGAACAAGGUCAGUGUGGCUGGAGCAGGGUAGGUGAGGAGCCAGUGAAGUGAGUAGGAAAUGAAUGCAGAGAGGUAAAGGGUGGGGAGGUGGGGAUCCCUACGUAGGGUGGGGUCUUGAAGGCCGCCUUGAGGGUUUUGGUUUUCACUCUGAGUACACUGGGGACCACUGGAGGUCUUUGUGCAGAGCAUCACUUGCUCUGACUUAGGGAUUAGCAGGUUCAUCUGGCUGUGGGCAGGAGAGAGGCUGUAGAGAGGUGAAGGCAGAAAGGUAGGGAGACCACUGAGGGGACCACUGUUCUCAUUCUGGGGAGAGACCAUGGGGGGCUUGUACCCAUGGCAGAAAAGUUUUGAAAAAUAUCAGAUUUUCAGAUUUGGGAUAUAUUUGAAGGUAGGGGACAAUAGAAUUUGGAAUUUGAGAGAAAGGAGGAGUCUAAGGUGGCUGGAAGAUUUGGGGGCUGAGCAUAGACUGAAAUAGGGUUUCCCUGGAAACACAAUACUGGAGACCCAGGUUAAAUCCCUGGGUCAGGAAGAUCCCCUGGAGAAGGGAAUGGCUACCCACUCCAGUAUCCUUGCCUGGAGAAUUCCAUGGACAGAGGAGCCUGGCAGGCUAUAGUUCAUGGGGUCGCAAAGAGUCAGUCAGACACGACUGAGUGACUAACACUUUCUUUUCUUUUUCAUAGACUGAAAUGGGACCUGUUUAGGGGGAAGAUCUGGAGUUUGGUUCUGUGCUUGUGAAGUUUGAGAUGCCCAUUGGACAUACCAUUAGGCAGCUGGAAAAACUUAGUGGGGAGCUGGAAAUGAAAUUUAGAGCAUCAUCACCAGAUACCUGGUAUUUAAAGCCACAAGCUCACUUAGGGAGAGAGUCAUUCAGAGAAAAAAGGUCCCACCAGGGAGUUCUUUGGCUCACAGCUUCAGGAAUUAGCCAAGGAGAAAAAAGAACAGGCAAUGAGAUGGGAGGAGAAAUCAGAGACUGGGGGUUUUCUGGAGGGAACACAGAAGAUGCUUGAGGGAGAAGAGAGGGAGUGAUGAUGAUGAAUGCCUUUGGCAGAGCCAGCAUGUGACCGUUGAGAAUCCAGCAACCUGGAGGUCACCGGUGACCAUGGCAAAAGCAGCUGGAGGCCAAAGGGGACAGGAGGGGAGAACUUGAGGAGAGCGGUACAGACAGCAGCUCAGGAGUCCUGCUGUGAAGGGGGGUGCAGAGAAACGGGGUUAUGUGGAGAAAUUACACUACGUGAAUGUGCUGCUGAGAACAGCUCUCCUGGUGAGAAGCUCGGUGAAGGGGACAAGAAUGGGGCAUGCUGCAAUAAGUGAGGGGGCCAUAGGUCCAGUGUCCCAGGGGAGGCGUGGCCCCUGAUGAGAGCUGGAUAGCUCAGAAGUUGAACUGCUGGGGCCUCCCUCUCUUUCCUAUCUGCAGCUGUCCAGCAGGCUGAGAUUUCAGCACUUAGUCAAAUCAAAUGGCUCAGGGCUCCAGAGAAACCAGACUGGCUGUGUCUCAGGAAGGAAGGAGGGGUCAGGGCUUGCCCUCGGCUUGAGGAUAAGAGGAGGCCCCAUGUGGGUUGCCCCUUCCAUUUGACCCUCUGUUUCAGCAAGGAAGGGCCCCUUUCUUUGCAGAGAUCGUACCUUCCUCGAGAAAAGACUAUAAUGACCUCAAAGUUGCAGUAAUUGAAGUGGAGAAGAAGAGGUAAUGGAGAGAGGCUGAUUGAUUUAGUCUGAAGAAGGGAAGUCUGGGCAGGGAAUAAAGGGGCAAGAGGUAGGAUUUUAGGGACAGUUUUUAUGAAAUAGGUGUUGAGAGGACAUCUGUUUUCUAUUGUUCACAGCUUAAACUGAAGCAGGAAAAACUGUGGUUAGACAUGAUGAGGAACUUCCUGUACUGGUUAGUGAAGACAGCAAUGGGCCAGGUCUUUUGCCCUGGAUGUUUAGGAUGAGAAAGGACAAUGCCUUCUUAGACACAGAGUGCUGGCAAGAUUGAUUCUUGGAGAUUCUCCCAGCUCUGAGGUUUCUGGAAGAAGGCUAGGACAGAGAUGGGACUUUCCAGCUCUUGGUGGGAGGAUAGACUGCCAAACCUUCUGGCUAUGGCCUGCCUCCUUCUCCGGGUACCCUGACCUCACAAGUCUGAUAUGCGUGCCUCAAGCAUCUGUCGGCUGACCCAGACUUGGAGUGCUUGCAGAGGGCCCCGGCUUAGCUGUAGCUCGUUCCCUUGUGGGUGAGCAUAUUUGUGGGUGUGUCGAAGAUCAUUAGGCUUGGUGGAGUCUCUCUGUGCAGGGCAUGGCGGAGGCCGAAGGCCUUGUGCCGGAACUGCUGAGAAUUACGUAAUUCUUCACAUCUGCUUAGCCAACUCUGGCCUCUGCCCAUCUUGUAGGGGGUUUCCCCAGGAAAGACAUGGAGUCUAUGGACAAAUCAAGACCUGCUAGUCCUGUGCCACUUAAGGCCCACCUGCAGAGGACUUGGCCAUGCCUACUCUAAGCCAUGGACUGAGGAGCCUGGAGGGCUACAAUCUAUAGGGUCACAAAGAGUGGGACAUGACUGAAGUGACUGAGCAUGCACUCUAAGCCUAAUGAUCUUUGGGGGUUGGGGGUUGAGUGAUCCAGAUUCUCCCGAUGCAGAGGAGAGAGCUGCUAUUCGUCCUUAGGCCUCCUCUGGUUGAGAGGGGCAGGCAAUGUCCUAUCUCAUCUGAACUCUUCAGCUUCUUUAAUUCCGGCCUGCACAUCUGUCUUUUAGGCACUGGGUCCGAGGUGAAGUGCUGACCCCAUUUCUGGGCUGUUUCCGGAGGACCUGGGCAGGCGUGGUGAUGGAGCUGGUGUUUUCACAGCCGAGAACCACUCCAGCGUCAAGCCCAGAGCUUGUCCUACCUAAACCCCAUCUUGUUCUCUCCUCUUCCCGCUCCCCACUUUUGCCCUCUGGAUGCCUCUGCUUGGCACUGGGUGCUGGGAGGAGGCCUGCUUGGCCGGAGAGAACUGUGUUCAUUUCUGGUUUAGAGUGGCCUCCGCACUGGGGAGUCACAGCUCCUGAGGCUGCCAGACACGUGGGCCACCUGGCUGCCUCAGUUUCCUCGUCUGGCCAGCACAGGAAUUCCAGCCUACAUGUUGGCAGGAUUCUGAGCCGAGAUCUCUCCUUUCCCUUCCUUUGGCUGGCAUAUGAGGACGGGUACAGAAUGUUCCAGCUCCACCCCUUCCCUCAGUGGGUUUUUGAUUCAUGAACAUUCCCACUGUACUUCCCCGUGGCCCAGCUCCAUGCCAGGCUUAGAGAUGCCAGGAUGAGUAAAACCCAGGCUUCCGCUUGGGCCAAGAAGGGAGUUGGGCACAUAAAGAACCAAUAGGGAAAAGGCAGACUUUCCAAGCCCCUUGGCGUCUGCUCCUUUGAGUCUCCUGGAAGGUCCCUGUUUUGUAGACAGACGCUGGAGUUCCUCUUCGGUUCCUAUGCCUACGUCCUUUCACUUUCACUUUCUGUGGGCACUGCACCAGCCCACAUCCCUGGGCUCCGUGACCAUCACAGAAGGGAACUUGCUGAGAGAUUUUCUCUGCCGCAUGGGGACCCUGCCAGAGCUUGGAACUCUGUGAGAUCGCUUCCCGCAGAUUCCCAGGACCCAGAGUCUGAAGGCUGAGCCCAGAGGAAGCCGUUGACAGAGAUUGUGAAAUGUGCGCACAGGAUGCUUUUCAGACACAGAGAAGCCAACUGGUGGAGUCGCUGGUCUCGGGGUCCCUGGAGGGCUUUGAGAGCAUUCUGGACCAGCUGCUUUCCCGGGAAGUCCUCUCCUGGGAGGACUACGAGGGGCUCAGCCUCGUGGGCCAGCCCAUCUCCCACUUGGCCAGGCGCCUCCUCGACACCGUCUGGAAUAAGGGUGCUUGGGGCUGUGAGCAACUGACUGCAGCUGUGCGGGAGGCCCAGGCUGACAGCCAGCCCCCCGAGCUUCCCAGCUCCUGGGACCCCCGCUCACCCCACCCAGCCCGUGACCUGCAGAGUCACCGACCGGCCAUCGUCAGGAGACUCUACGGCCACGUGGAGGGUGUGCUGGGCCUGGCACAGCAGCGGGGUUUCAUCAACCAGUACGAAACUGAUGAAAUCAGGCGGCCCAUCUUCACGUCAACCCAGCGGGCAAGAAGGCUCCUUGAUCUCGCCACAGUGAAGGCGAAUGGGUUGGCUGCCUUUCUUCUCCAGUGUAUUCAGGAAUUACCGGCCCCAUUGGCCCUGCCUUUUGAAGAUGCCGCCUGUAAGAAGUACAUGUCCAAGCUGAGGACCGUUAUAUCAGCUCAGUCUCGCUUCCUGAGCACCUAUGAUGGAGCCGAGACUCUUUGCUUGGAAGAAGUGUAUACAGAGAAUGUUCUGGAAAUCCAGACGGAGGUGGGCGUGGCUGGACCUUCGCAGCAGAGCCCUACCACCCUAGGCCUGGAGGAGCUCUUCAGCACGCGUGACCAUUUCAACAAAGAGGCGGACACUGUGCUGGUGGUGGGCGAGGCGGGCAGCGGCAAGAGCACGCUCUUGCAACAGCUGCACCUGCUCUGGGCUUUGGGGCGGGCCUUCCAGGAAUUUCUCUUUGUCUUCCCGUUCAGCUGCCGGCAGCUGCAGUGCCUGGAGAAACCGCUGUGCGUGCGGACGCUGCUUUUCGAACACUGCUGUUGGCCCGACCUUGGCCCCCAGGACGUCUUCCAGGUGCUCCUUGACCACCCUGAACGCAUCCUCUUAACCUUCGACGGCUUUGAUGAGUUCAGGUUCAGGUUCACGGAUCGGGAGCGUCACUGCUGUCCGACCGCCCCCACGUCAGUCCAAAGUCUGCUCUUCAACCUUCUGCAGGGCAACCUGCUAAAGAACGCCCGCAAGGUGUUGACCAGCCGUCCAGGCGCGGUAUCCGCGAGCCUCCGAAAGCACGUGCGCAUCGAACUCAGCCUCAAGGGCUUCUCGGAAGAGGGCAUCGAACUGUACCUGAGGAAGCGGCAUCGCGAGCCUGGGGUGGCCGACCGCCUCCUCUGCCUGCUCAGAGCCACCUCGGCCCUGCACGGUCUGUGCCACCUGCCCGUCUUCUCCUGGAUGGUGUCCAAAUGCCAUGAGGAACUGUUGCUGCAGGGCCAGGGGUCCCCAAAGACCACCACGGAUAUGUACCUGCUGAUCCUGGGGCACUUUCUGCUGCACGCCUCCCCACAACCCUUAGCCACCCAUGGUCUGGGAUCCAGCCUGAUUCAGGGCAGGCUCCCCACGCUCCUGCACCUCGGCCGCCUGGCUCUCUGGGGCCUGGGCACGUGCUGCUAUGUGUUCUCAGCCAAACAACUGCAGGCGGCACACGUCGACAGUGAGGACCUUUCUCUUGGCUUCCUGGUGCGCGCCAAGGGGGUUGUAGCCGGGAGUACGGCCCCCCUGGAAUUCCUGCAUAUCACCUUCCAGUGCUUUUUUGCUGCAUUCUACCUCGCCCUCAGUGCAGACACCCCGCCAUCCUCGCUCAGACAUCUCUUCCAAGGUCACAGGCCUGGAAGUUCGCCGCUGGCCAGGGUGCUGCCCAAAUUAUUCCUGCGGGGCUCGCGAUGCAAAGAGGGCAGUGUGGCCGCUUUGCUGCAGGGGGCCGAGUCACACAACCUCCAGAUCACAGGGGCCUUCCUGGUGGGGCUGUUGUCCCAGGAGCACCGGAGCUUGCUGGCCGAGUGCCAGGCCUCUGAGACGGCCCUGCUCCGGUGCCGGGACUGUGUCCAGAGGUGUCUGACCCGCAGCCUCCGCGAGCACUUCCGCUCCAUCCCACCCUCUGUGCCUGGUGAGGCCAAGAGCAUGCACGCCCUGCCCAGCUUCCUCUGGCUCAUCCGGAGCCUGUACGAGAUGCAGGAGGAGCGGCUGGCACGGGAGGCUGCGCGCAGGUUGAACGUUGGGCACCUCAAGCUGACCUUCUGCAGUGUGGGCCCGGCCGAGUGUGCCGCCCUGGCCUUCGUGCUGCGCCACCUCCGGCGGCCUGUGGCCCUGCAGCUGGACCACAACUCUGUGGGCGACAUCGGCGUGGAGCAGCUGCUGCCUUGCCUGGGCGUCUGCAAAGCUCUUUACUUGCGAGAUAACAACAUCUCAGACCGAGGCAUCUGCAAGCUGGUUGAACAUGCUCUUCACUGUGAGCAGCUGCAGAAGUUAGCUCUGUUCAACAACAAAUUGACCGACGGCUGUGCACACUCCAUGGCCAGGCUCCUUGCGUGCAAGCAGAACUUCUUGGCUUUGAGGCUGGGGAACAACCACAUCACAGCCGCGGGAGCCGAGGUGCUCGCCCAGGGGCUCAGAACUAACAACUCCUUGCAGUUUUUGGGGUUCUGGGGCAACCAGGUGGGUGACGAGGGGGCCCAGGCCUUGGCUGCAGCCUUGGGUGAUCACCAGAGCUUGAGGUGGCUCAGCCUGGUGGGGAACAACAUUGGCAGCGUGGGUGCGCAAGCCUUAGCAUUGAUGUUGGAAAAGAAUGUGGCCCUGGAAGAACUCUGCCUGGAGGAGAACCACGUCCAGGAUGAAGGUGUGUGUUUCCUCGCCAAAGGACUUGCAAGAAAUUCAAGUUUGAAAGUCCUGAAGCUGUCUAACAACCACAUCACCUCCCUUGGGGCAGAGGCCCUCGUGCAGGCCCUUGAAAAGAAUGACAGCAUUCGGGAAGUCUGGCUCCGAGGAAACACUUUCUCUCCGGAGGAAAUUGAGAAACUCAGCCACCGGGAUACCAGACUCUUGCUCUGAUGUCUCCGGGCCAGCGUUCAGCUCAGUGUGUUUGGGAGGAGGCCAUGGGUUUGGACCCCAGGAUGGGAUGACAUCUGAGAACAGCCCACUCAGAUGGAACCUGGACCUGCCCAGGGCCAACCCAAUAGGUCACCUUUGUUCUCGCAGAGGAAAGCGCAUCCGUGCCCUGUGGAGUAGAUUUCACUGAACCCCACCUUUGCCAUCAACUUCUUGCCAAGAUUCAAUCCUGGGAUGUUGAAGAGGGGCAGCCUGCCUGUACAGGAUGGGGCUGGUUUGAAGUCAAGCUGACAUGGGUCAGUGAGGCCCACGGAUGCCACCGAGUAUUUAUGGGUGUGGAGAGCUCCCCGUGAGGAGGGAUGUUCAGCAAGCAACUGUUCGCUUUGUCUCAGCUCAUGGUCAUGCAUCAGGUUGUUCUCUGCGUCUGGUCCGUAGUGGACCCUGCAUAUGGCACUUCCUCUGUGGUUGAGAUUCAGAAUGUAGGCAUUCUCACCUUUGAUCUUAACUUAGUACCCUGGCCCUGCCCCCACCCUGCCAUCCCCCUCAACCCUCCCCCCAUCUGCGGUGGGAGGGGCUACAGCUUACCCUGCUCUCCUUCUAGAACUUAAGGCACUAUCGAAAGGGGACAGGUGACAUAUAUGUGUUCCUUAAGACAUUCUAGAGUUUCGAGAAAAAUAUGACGGGCCCAACAACUGGACUUUUAUUUCCAGUAGAAAUCAAUUACUCUUCAGUUAAACCUUUGGGAACAACUCCUUAUCCAAAUGCCACUUUUAAAAUUAACCUAGGCCAGAAUUUUGAACAGCCCCACUAGGUCUCCGAGGCCUGUGAACUGAACUCUGGCGGCAGACUUCCAAAAUAUAUUCAUAAGAGAUGGUUUGGUUUUGUUUGUGCCAGGCCGCCCUAGGAUAUAAAGUUAUAGAUCAAAAGUUUACAGGGCAAAAUCAAAGGCCUUUCCUUAUAACGCAAAUGUUUUUCUCUGAAUUUUUCAGAAGCUUCUGUAAACUGUCAGGUGCUGUGCAAGUGUUAUUAUUUUCAACACUGUUAUUUCUGAAGAACUGGUUAAUAUUUAUAAACCACUUUGUUUUAUUCUCCCUA